AUGCCUACAACAAACGCCCAAGCGUCAGUGAACGGCGCUUCCAACUUCCUCGACUUCAAGACUGCCCAAGAUGUUUUGAAGGAGUACGAGACCCGAGAUGGUCUCGACAUCACCCAGCUUCUUGACUCCAAGACCAAUGGAGGUCUUACAUACAACGAUUUUCUCUUGCUUCCGGGGUACAUUGGCUUCCCAGCCUCGGAGGUUGCCCUGGACUCGCCGGUGACGAAGAGGAUCUCUCUCAAGACUCCUUUUGUGUCCUCUCCCAUGGAUACCGUCACUGAGCACGAGAUGGCCAUCCACAUGGCACUCCAGGGUGGACUGGGUGUCAUUCACCACAACUGCUCGGCUGAGGAGCAGGCAGACAUGGUGCGCAAGGUUAAGCGCUACGAGAACGGCUUUAUCCUGGACCCCGUUGUCAUCAGCCGCGACACUACUGUUGGCGAGGCGAAGGCCUUGAAAGAGAAAUGGGGUUUUGGCGGCUUCCCUGUCACUGAAACCGGAAAGAUUGGCUCCAAGCUUUUGGGCAUUGUCACUAACCGUGACAUCCAAUUCGAGGACGACAUUAACACCAAGGUCGCCGAUGUGAUGGUCACUGACCUUAUCACCGCCCCAUCGGGUGUCACCCUGGCUGAAGCCAACAAGAUUCUGGCCAAGUCAAAGAAGGGCAAGCUGCCCAUUGUUGAUCAGGACUUCAAUCUGGUCUCCAUGAUCUCUCGCUCGGAUCUGAACAAGAACCUCUACUUCCCCCUGGCCUCCAAGCUCCCCGACUCAAAACAGCUUUUGUGCGCUGCUGCCAUCGGCACCAGGCCAGAGGACAAGGUGCGCUUGCAAAAGCUCGUUGAGGCUGGCCUAGACGUUGUUAUUCUGGACAGCAGCCAGGGCAACAGUAUGUACCAGAUCGAGAUGAUCAAGUGGAUCAAGGAGAACUUCCCCGGGCUCGACGUCAUCGGCGGAAACGUCGUGACGAGGGAGCAGGCCGCCGCCCUCAUCGCUGCUGGUGUCGAUGGACUCCGCAUUGGCAUGGGAAGCGGAAGCGCCUGCAUUACCCAGGAGGUUAUGGCCGUUGGCCGUCCUCAGGCUACGGCUGUUCACAGCGUCAGCGCCUUCGCUGCCAGGUUCGGUGUUCCUUGCAUCGCUGACGGAGGUAUUCAAAACGUGGGUCACAUCGUAAAAGGUUUGGCCCUCGGUGCUUCCACCGUUAUGAUGGGUGGUCUGCUCGCUGGCACCACCGAGUCUCCGGGCACAUCGUUCGUUUCCCGUGAAGGGAAGCUCGUCAAGGCCUACCGCGGAAUGGGCAGCAUCGACGCUAUGCAAGACAAGAAGGCUGGCGGCGGUGGCAAGGACAGCCAGAAAAGCAAUGCUGGCACCGCCAGAUACUUUUCUGAGGGUGACAGCGUCCUGGUUGCACAGGGCGUUUCUGGCGCCGUGGCUCAUCGCGGGUCGAUUUCCAAGUUCCUGCCUUACCUUGCAGCGGGCCUGAAGCACUCUUUGCAGGACUGUGGUGUAAUCAGCCUCAAGGCCCUGCACGAGGGUGUUGCUGAGGGAACUGUGCGUUUCGAGAUCCGAACCGCAAGUGCUCAACUGGAGGGUGGUGUCAACAUGGAGUCCUACGAGAAAAAGCUUUACGCUUAA